AUGGCAGCAGCUGAAGGAAACGCUGAAUUAUGCAAAUUUGAGGACGACGAUGGGUAUCCAUACUUAGAAGUUAGUCGUGAGGAGAGAUCAACAAAUGCUGCAAAGCCAUUCGAUUCCAAAAAGAACUGUUGGAUUCCCGAUGCUGACGAUGGUUUUGUUGCUGCUGAAAUAAAAUCAUCAGCAGGCGAUAAUGUAACGGUGGUCACGGUGAAGGGCAAUGAAAUUACAGUGAAAAAGGAGGAAGUUCAAGAAAUGAAUCCUCCUAAAUUCAGUAAAACCGAUGAUAUGGCCAACUUGACAUUCCUGAAUGAAGCUUCUGUACUUAACAAUUUAAAAGAGCGUUACUACUCGAUGAUGAUAUAUACAUAUUCUGGCUUGUUCUGUGUGGUAAUCAAUCCAUACAAACGUUUGCCUAUUUAUAGUCCAUCUAUCAUCAAACAUUACAUGGGUAAAAGACGAAACGAAAUGCCACCACAUUUAUUCGCUGUAUCCGAUGAAGCAUAUCGAAAUAUUCUCAUUGAUCAUGAGAAUCAAUCAAUGCUGAUUACCGGUGAGUCUGGUGCUGGUAAAACUGAAAACACCAAAAAGGUCAUUACAUACUUUGCUAUUGUCGGUGCCACACAGCAGAAGAAAGAUGAAAGCAAGAAGGGAGGGACUCUAGAAGAACAAAUCGUGCAAACUAAUCCAGUAUUGGAAGCUUUCGGUAAUGCAAAAACGGUCCGAAAUAACAAUUCCUCACGAUUCGGCAAAUUCAUCCGAACUCAUUUCACUAAAGAUGGGAAACUGGCUGGUGGUGAUAUUGAACACUAUCUUUUUGAAAAGUCACGUGUUGUGCGCCAAGCUCCUGGUGAACGUAGUUAUCACAUUUAUUAUCAACUUAUGUCCGGUUUUCAUCCGAAAAUAAGAGAAGAACUACGUUUGACUAACGAUAUUAAAUAUUAUCACUUCUGUUCCCAAGCAGAACUAACCAUCGAUGGUGUAGAUGAUAAAGAAGAAAUGAAAAUCACGCAGGAAGCAUUUGAUAUUAUGGGCUUCGAGGAUCAUGAGACUCAUGACCUGUACAGCAAUGUGGCUGGCAUUAUGCAUAUGGGUGAAAUGAAAUUUAAGCAACGACCACGUGAAGAGCAAGCAGAACCAGAUGGAGAGGAAGAUGCAAAGAAUGCUGGUUUUUGUUUUGGCGUUGAUUAUGAAGAAUUCCUAAAAGCUUUAACAAAGCCACGUGUUCGUGUCGGCACAGAAUGGGUUAAUAAAGGCCAGAACUUAGAACAGGUGCAUUGGGCUGUAGAUGGCCUUGGUAAAGCUAUCUAUUCGAGAAUGUUCAAAUGGCUUAUCGAUAGAUGUAACAAAACACUUGAUCAAAAUAAAGAAAAUCGAAAAUAUUUUAUCGGUGUCUUGGAUAUCGCUGGUUUUGAGAUUUUCGAUUUUAAUUCGUUCGAGCAGUUAUGGAUCAAUUUCGUAAACGAACGACUACAACAGUUCUUCAACCAUCAUAUGUUCGUUCUUGAGCAAGAAGAAUACAAACGUGAAGGGAUCGCUUGGACUUUCAUUGAUUUUGGUCUCGAUUUACAAGCUUGUAUCGAACUGAUUGAGAAACCUUUGGGUAUCAUUUCGAUGUUGGACGAAGAAUGCAUCGUGCCAAAAGCGACCGAUAUGACAUUGGUGCAAAAAUUGAAUGACCAGCACCUUGGUAAACAUCCCAACUUCCAGAAACCCCGACCACCGAAAGGAAAACAAGCCGAAGCUCAUUUUGCUAUUGUUCAUUACGCCGGCACCGUGCGAUACAAUGCUACAAACUUUUUGGAGAAGAAUAAAGAUCCACUGAAUGAUUCGGCUGUUGCUGUGUUGAAGCAUUGCAAAGACAACCAGUUACUCCUAGAUAUCUGGGCUGAUUAUCAAACUCAGGAAGAAGCAGCAGAAGCCGCUAAAGCUGGCAUUGAAAGCGGACGUAAGAAGGGUAAAUCGUCAUCAUUUAUGACUGUCUCCAUGAUGUAUCGAGAAUCACUGAACAACUUAAUGACUAUGCUGUAUCAAACACAUCCGCACUUCAUCCGUUGUAUUAUACCAAACGAGAAAAAAGCUAGCGGGGUUAUUGAUUCGGCACUGGUGUUAAAUCAAUUGACCUGUAACGGUGUAUUAGAGGGUAUUCGAAUUUGUCGUAAAGGUUAUCCGAAUAGGAUGGUCUAUGAAGACUUCAAACAUCGUUAUGCUAUCAUUGCCGCUGAAGCAGCAAAGAAUUCGGAUGACAAGGCUGCAUCUACCGCUAUCACUGAUUUCUUGUGUAAUAAUGGUAAACUGAGCGAUGACGAAUUUAAAAUGGGUUCAACGAAGAUUUUCUUCAAAGGCGGUAUUCUGGCUCGUCUUGAAGAUUUGCGUGACGAGGCAUUACGUGCCGUAAUGACGAACUUUCAGUCACAUAUUCGAGGUUUCUUGGGUUUAACUGAUAAGAAACGUCGUCUGCACCAGAAGUCAGGUGUGUUGAUGAUACAACGUAACAUUCGCAUAUGGUGUCUGGUGCGCACUUGGGAUUGGUUCAAGUUGUACGGUCGGGUGAAGCCAAUGUUGAAGGCUGGCAAAGAGUUGGAAGAAAUGGAUAAAUUGAGCGAUAAAAUUAAAGGUUUGGAAGAAAAACUGCUGAGAGAGGAAGGAAACAGAAGAGAAUUAGAAGCACAGGUUGCUGACCUGACCCACGAGAAAGAUCAAUUAUUUGCAAAUUUGGAGAAAGAAAAAUCGCAUUCAGCUGAGGCUGAAGGACGGAUUCAAAAGCUAAAUGAAAUAAAAGCGGACAUGGAACGACAACUGGAGGAAUUAAACGAUCGUGUUGCAGAGAUGGAAGACCGAAAUGAAACUUUAAAUCGGGCUAAAAAGAAGAGUGAACAGGAAGUCAGUGAUUUAAAAAGGAAGAAUCAGGAACUGGAAAUGGCAUUACGAAAAGCUGAAAGUGAAAAGCAAUCUCGUGAACAGAACAUUCGUUUAUUGCAAGGAGAAAUGGCAAGUCAGGAUGAAGCUGUUGCUCGUGUCAACAAGGAAAAGAAACAACAGGAAGAGAUGAACAGGAAAUUAAUGGAAGACUUGCAAGUUGAAGAAGAUAAAGUCAAUCACAUGGAAAGGCUUAAGACAAAAAUCGAGCAGCAAUUGGAUGAUAUGGAAGAAAAACUUGAACGUGAAAAGCGUAUGCGCCUGGAUUUAGAAAAAGCUAAAAGAAAAGUGGAAGGUGAAUUGAAGGUGGCUCAAGAGAAUAUGGAUGAAAUCACAAAACAAAAACAUGACAUUGAACAAAUUCUAAGGAGGAAAGAUGCAGACUUGAUAGCUACAGUUGGUAAGCUCGAUGGUGAGCAAUCGGCAGUUAACAAGCUUCAGAAACAAAUCAAGGAUCUGGAAGGCCGUAUUGCUGAACUUGAAGAAGACUUGGAGCAAGAACGGCAAUCACGUGGUAAAUUAGAUCGUGCAAAAGGAGACCUACAACGUGAGCUGGAUGAAAUAACGCAACGUCUAGAUGAACAAGGUGGUGCUACUGCGGCGCAAAUAGAACUGAACAAAAAACGUGAAGCUGAAAUGGCCAAAUUGAAGAGAGAUUUGGAAGAAAAUAAUAUGAAUCAUGAGCUGCAAAUUUCUGUUUUGCGUAAAAAGCACAGUGAUGCCGUUGCGGAACUCAGUGAUCAAUUAGAGCAGCUGCAAAAGUUGAAAGCCAAAUUAGACAAAGAUAAAGCGCAGAUGCUUCGAGAUCUGGAAGAAGCAAACGCAAAUGCUGAUGCUGAGAGUAGACAGAAACAGGAAUUCGAGAAACAUUGCAAACUUUUGGAAAUGCAAUAUUCGGAGCUUCAAACAAAAGCUGACGAGCAGACACGUCUAAUUAACGAUUUCACGGCGUUAAAGAACAGGCUAUCGAAUGAGAAUAACGAUUUGUCGCGACAAUUAGAGGACCUUGAGAACCAGAUUAAUGGACUUCAUCGAUUGAAAGCGCAACUUUUGAGCCAGUUGGAAGAAGCAAAACGUGUGGCUGAGGAAGAAUCAAGAGAACGACAAAAUCUGACAGCCCAGGUGAAAAAUUUGGAGCAUCAGAAUGAUAAUCUCCGCAUUCACGCUGAUGAAGAAUCUGAGGGUAAAGCAGAAUGCCUGCGCCAAAUGAGUAAGCUGAACGCUGAAAUUCAACAGUGGAAGGCGCGAUUUGAGGGUGAAGGGCUGGCCAAAAUGGAAGAAAUUGAAGAAGCUAAGCGUAAACUUAUGGAAAAAGUACAAGAUCUUACGGAUGUAAAUGAAGCAGCCAAUGCGAAGAUUAUGUCUUUAGAAAAGACUCGGCACAAGCUGAUGGGCGAUUUAGAUGAUGCUCAGGUUGAUGUUGAGCGGGCAGCAGCCUAUGUAGGAGCCUUAGAAAAAAAACAAAGAGCAUUCGAUCGUAUAGUCGAAGAAUGGAAAAAAAAGUGUGAUGAUUUGGCAGCUGAGCUUGAAGGAGCGCAACGGGACAACCGUAAUCUCUCUACCGAGUUAUUCAGAGCCAAGAGUGCCCAGGAUGAAUUGCUUGAACAAAUAGAAAGUUUACGCCGAGAAAACAAAUCAUUGUCAUUAGAAAUCAAGGAUUUAACUGAUCAACUUACCGAAGGUGGACGAUCGGUACAUGAACUGCAGAAAAUGGUGCGUCGUCUCGAAGUCGAAAAGGAAGAACUGCAGAAAGCUCUGGAUGAUGCCGAAUCUGCUCUGGAAGCUGAAGAAGCUAAAGUUUUGCGGGCACAGGUGGAGGUGUCGCAAGUACGUGCUGAAAUCGAAAAGAGAAUUCAAGAGAAGGAAGAAGAAUUCGAGAACACUCGUAAGAAUCAUCAGCGAGCUCUUGAAAGCAUGCAAGCAACUCUUGAAGCGGAAAUGAAAGCUAAACAAGAGGCAUUGCGCAUCAAGAAGAAACUUGAGCAAGAUAUCAAUGAACUUGAAGUAGCUCUUGACCAUGCCAACAAGGCGAAUGCAGAUGCGCAAAAGACAAUAAAGCGAUAUCAGGAGCAGAUCCGAGAAUUGCAGAUGCAGAUUGAAGAUGAACAAAGACAAAAAGACGAUCUUGCGGAACAGUUAUCUAACACACAAAAGAGAGCAGCUAUUCUGCAAGCCGAAAAAGAUGAGCUUGCUAAUCAAGCUGAAAUGGCUGAACGUGCUCGUCGCGCAGCUGAACAGGAUGCUAUUGAAUUACGUGAAACAGUGAACGAUUUGACAAACCAAGUUAAUGCAAUUAACAACACGAGGAGAAAGUUGGAGUCUGAGUUACAGACUGUUCACGUGGAAUUAGACGACGUGACGUCACAGCUUAAGAAUACCGACGAAAUGCUAAAGCAAGCUUCCGCAGAUGCAGCACGACUUGCGGAAGAGCUACGCCAAGAACAGGAGCAUUCGGUGCACGUAGAAAGAAUGCGUCGCGCACUCGAAGUACAAAUCAAAGAGAUGCAGGUACGUUUGGAUGAAGCGGAGCAGGCCGCACUGCGUAGUGGACAAAAAAUCAUCGCUAAAUUGGAGAUGCGCAUUCGGGAAUUGGAGCAGGAGUUAGAUGGUGAGCAGAGACGAAGCUCAGACUAUGAAAAGGAAUUGAAAAAGGGAGAUAGGCGUAUCAAAGAAUUGCAAUUCCAGUGUGAAGAAGAUAGAAAGAACAAUGAUCGAUUAACGGAACUAGUCGAUAAAUUGCAAAUCAAAAUAAAGAUCUACAAACGGCAGGUUGAAGAAGCGGAAGAAGUAGCUGCAAUUAAUCUAGGCAAAUACCGACAAUUGCAAACACAACUUGAUGAUGCUAACGAACGGGCAGAUAUCGCGGAAAAUUCAUUGGCAAAGCUUCGUUCAAGGAAUCGAGCUUCAACGAUUGCUCCACUUGCUCUAAGUGCUAGUGCAAGCUUUAUCCGGGUACCAUCUCAAUCAGAUCUGGCACAAUGA